AUGUCGCCGCGCAACGGCCGCCGCACCGGUGCCCACCGGGCCCAUUCGCUGGCCCGGCAGUUAAAAACCAAGCGACGCCGCCGAGACCUGGAUGAGAUCCACGUGGAUAUGCAGCCCGAAAAGGCCGCUCGGCUGCUGCACCAGGAGCCCGACCCUGACUUGCCAGGCUGCGCCCAGUUCUACUGCCUGCACUGCGCGCGCUACUUUGUGGAUCUGAACAGCAUGAAGGAGCACUUCAGGUCCAAGGUGCACAAGAAGAGGCUGAAGCAGCUGCGGGAGGCUCCCUACACGCAGGAGGAAGCAGAGCGUGCUGCCGGCAUGGGCUCCUACCUCCCCCCAAAGAAGGUGGAGGUGCAGACCCAGCCACUUGAAGAAGUCACUGAGAUGGAGGCAUCAAGCUGAUCCUGGCAGGCUGAGGGGCCAGGGGGCUCCCUGAAGGUGUCUUUGUCCUCAGCUUGGUGAGAACAACUCACCCCAGCACAGCCAGCAGCCGAUGCUCCGCUGCCCCUGGCAGCCCUCCUGGCCAGGGCACUGAUGAGAAGGAGCCAGCAAGGCCCUGGCUGCCCUCACUUCCUGCCCUCGUUCCUGGGGAAGGGACAAGCUGCUUGUCCCCUUGGCUCUGCUGUGACUCUGCACUCCUCUCUCGGCUUUUACAGUGGUUUUAGGCCUCUCUCUUUGUGCCAGAGCUUGACCCUGGUGAGGUGUCCAUUAAAGUAUG